CACCGCCGUGGCCGCGGACAGCAGCCUCGGCGCCGAGUCUCCGCUCUUCUUUCCCCCCUCCCUCCCCUCCCGUUCCCUGAUUUCGGGCUUCCCUCCCCCCCUUCGCUCCGAGGGGGACUGGCGGGAGGCGGAGCCCUUGUGGACUUAUCUCUCCCCCUGGCGCCCUCACAAGCUCCAGCUGAUCCAUCCCCGAAGGGAAACGGAGGGAGGACAACGGCUGUGAGGGGUGCGCCUUGCCACUCUCUCACCUGCAGGCUUGAGGGACGCUGAGGGGGAGAGGGGGACCAGGAUCUACCGCUUCCACGAGGCCAGCUCGCAUUUCAUUGGGAGGUCCACGCUUUCAUCGGCGACAAGAUGUUCAUCUCAUAUUUUUGCCCAAGGAUCCAGUGAUUCAUCACAUUGACUCUUCGGCAGUGCAUACUUGGCAAAAAUCCAGCUAUCAUCCAUCCCACCAAGUACUGUCUAUCCCAAGUGGCAGUGGCAAUGCAAGUUUCCCAAGGACAGAGGUCUUUUCCAUCAUUUGCUGCAUCACCAACUACCAGAUCUAUUAACCUGGAGAGGCCUGGGAACUUCUGCAGUUUACCAGCUGAUUUCAUGAUGACUGAGGAUUUAGAUCCAAGAUUCAGUUUUCUCACUUGGGAACAGAUUAAAAUACUGGAUCAAGUGCUAAGUGAGGUGAUCCCCAUUCAUGGCAGAGGGAAUUUCCCGACGUUGGAGGUGAAGCCAAAAUACAUCAUUUGUGCUGUCAAGGAGCAGCUGAUCAAAAAUCAGAUCGUUGUCCAAGACAUACGGCUGAAUGGCUCCACAGCAAGCCACAUCCUUGCAAAACAAGAUGGUCCCAGCUACAAGGACCUGGAUAUCAUUUUUUCUGCUGAGCUUCCAAAUGAGCAUCAGUUUCAGGUUGUGAAGGAGUCCGUCCUUAAUUGUAUCUUAGACUUCUUACCAAAAGGUGUCAACAAAGAAAAGAUCACAGCAAAGACAAUGAAGGAUGCCUAUGUGCAGAAGAUGGUGAAAGUGUCUACAGAUUAUGAUCGCUGGAGUCUUAUCUCCUUGACAAACAACAGUGGAAAGAAUGUUGAGCUUAAAUUUGUCAAUUCUCUCCGACGGCAGUUUGAGUUCAGUGUUGAUUCCUUUCAGAUAAUCCUCAACCCUGUGUUAGAUGUCUAUAGCAAUGGAGAUGGUGAGCUAUCAGAAGAUUCUAAUUUGUCCAUCAUGGCUGAAAGCAUGUAUGGAGACUUUGAUGAGGCCAUGGAGCACCUGAAGUACAAAUUGAUUGCCACAAAAAACCCCGAAGAGAUCCGUGGUGGAGGCCUUUUGAAAUAUAGCAACCUCCUGGUUCGGGAUUUUAAGCCAGCAAAUGAGGCAGAAAUUAAAUCUCUGGAACGUUACAUGUGUUCUAGAUUCUUCAUUGAUUUCCCUGAUGUAACAGAGCAGCAGCGGAAGAUUGAGUCAUACUUGCGCAAUCACUUCAUUGGGGAAGGGAAGAGCAAGUAUGACUACCUGAUGACUCUGCGUGGGAUCGUGGACGAGAGCACAGUCUGCCUUAUGGGACACGAGCGAAGGCAGACGCUGAACAUGAUUACCAUCUUGGCUCUCAAAGUGCUUGGAGAGCAGAAUAUCAUUCCCAAUGCAGCCAAUGUCACAUGCUACUAUCAACCUGCUCCCUACAUCAGCGACAGGAACUUCAACAAUUACUAUAUUGCUCCUAGACAGCCACCCAUUAUCUACCAGCCCUAUUCCUUUCACAUUCCCAUGCAGAGUGGCAUGGUGUAGCCAACCACAAAACCUCAUUGCCUUACAUCAUUGACCAACCUUUCCCUAGCUCCCCAUUCCCCUGAGGGCUCUUCAAAAUAAAGCCCGUGUUAAAGCAAAUUUUCCUAUCA